GCACGCGCGAGCACGGGCGGGGCGGCAUCCCGCACACCGCCCCCCUGCCGGCCGGGCAGCGCUGAGGGCCGGUCCGUGCGCCUGCGCGGAGUCGGAGUCCGGCAGGGCAGCGGCCGCGGGGUGGCGGGCGGUUGCCUUGGGGACCGGUAGGGUCCCUCCUUUCUUUGGUCUCCCGCCCCACGCCUCUCCCAACUGAGACGCGGCAGAGGGACCCAGGGCCGAGCUGCAGCCGGAGAGCCGGCGAGAGGUGGUACCGCUCCCAAUAUGUCGCAGACGGCCAUGUCCGAAACCUACGAUUUUUUGUUUAAGUUCUUGGUUAUUGGAAAUGCAGGAACUGGCAAAUCUUGCUUACUCCAUCAGUUUAUUGAAAAAAAAUUCAAAGAUGACUCAAAUCAUACAAUAGGAGUGGAAUUUGGUUCAAAGAUAAUAAAUGUUGGUGGUAAAUAUGUAAAGUUACAGAUAUGGGAUACAGCAGGACAAGAACGAUUCAGGUCUGUGACCCGAAGUUAUUACAGAGGUGCGGCUGGAGCUCUCCUUGUCUAUGACAUCACCAGCCGAGAAACCUACAAUGCGCUUACUAAUUGGUUAACAGAUGCCAGAAUGCUGGCGAGCCAGAACAUCGUUAUCAUCCUCUGCGGGAACAAGAAGGACCUGGAUGCAGAUCGUGAAGUCACAUUCUUAGAAGCCUCCAGGUUUGCUCAAGAAAAUGAGCUGAUGUUUUUGGAAACAAGUGCACUAACAGGGGAGAAUGUAGAAGAGGCUUUUGUACAGUGUGCAAGAAAAAUACUUAACAAAAUUGAAUCAGGUGAGCUGGACCCAGAAAGAAUGGGCUCAGGUAUUCAGUAUGGAGACGCUGCCUUGAGACAGCUGCGGUCACCACGGCGUGCGCAGGCCCCAAAUGCUCAGGACUGUGGGUGUUAGAAGCUGUGAGCGAGCACACAGGUUUCAGACAGUGGUAUUUGAGACACAGUUGUUGGAGCUUGAAGAACCUGAAGUUUUCACCACCAUCUUUUCUACUUUAUACAAAAGUAGAUCUUUUGGGGGGAAAAGGAAUUUGGGGUGUUCUGCAAGCUAGUGGAGGUGGCACAGCAAGUCAUAUAAUAAAUCUAAUUCAGUGGACACCACCACUAGAUGUAUUUUACAUGUAUGUAAAGAUUCUCUGUCCCAUGUCUUCCCUUUGUCCCUUAGUUUCCCACGUGGUAUGUACUGGGCAUACGGGGCCUCGCCUGGGAUGUCCCUGUGGCAUGUCUGACGUAUGAUACGAUAGAACAUUGCACUAAACGCAGUUUAGUAUUUUACUUUGCUUAAUCAUAUGAACUAAGAUUUGUUAAUUGUAAGGUGUGCUCCUCUCAUCAUGUUGGUCCUGUUGCACAGCCAGUUACAUCUGUGACCUGCUGUUCAGAGAACUUGCACUGAUGGCUGGUGUGUCUGUUACGUAAUUCUGUUUUUCACAUUAUACGUGGUAUUUGCGUGAUCCACACUUGAAAUCCAAGAUCAGUAGUCAUUCCCUCACACACCAAAAUAAAAUGAAGACGGAGUUUUCCCAUGAACUUUACACCAUCCAGCUCUCUGUUGAUUGUGAAGCAUCUCCAUCCAGGUCCGUUCAGGGCAUGUGUCUGGAGAACCUGCUUGGCUUUAGGCUGUGGGAUCAGCACUAAGGACUCCAGGACCUUAAACCAAACCUGCUAGGCCGCUGAUUCUGCUCUCAGUGGUGGGUAAAACGUAGCAGACUGUAUAAGCUUCUAGUUUGCUGAUCUCUCUGGUCUCCCUGCUAGAAAUUGCAUUGUUUGAACUGUACUUUUUCUGAAAUUCAGUAUAAUGGCAUCACUACCUGCUUUUCAGAUCCUUCAUUUUAUGUUCAUUUAAAGGGAUAUCCUCAUUAGGAAAGUUCUUCAUGGCUUUCACUGGACACUUAGAUGCCUCCCUGCAGGUACCAAGUCGCCAUAUUUUCAGUUCGCAUCUGGUACAUUAGAUGUAUUAAAGUGUGAUGUGUGUUUUAUUACAAAAAUUUGUUCUUAUGUUUUAAAAUACCAAUACAAAAGAUAUAUAUAAUGGCACCUUUCUUUAAUGUUGAAAUACAUCAGUAUUAUUUUAAGUCCAAAAGGUUAAAAAGCUUUCUUCACCUUCUAUAUAUGUUCUUCCAGUGGGAUACUUUAGCUGUAGACUGGUAAGUUUAGUUAACUUUUAGUUAGGAAAUGCCUACUGCUUUUAUUUUAAUCAACAGAGCACAGCGAAACAUACAAACUCUGGGAAGUGACUUGGAUAAAAAUAACAAUGUGUAUCUGUUUUGAUUUUUUUUGUGCCAUGAAUAUUUUAUUUUGAAAAGUCAGAUUCUGAAGCAAAUUCUCAGACUGAACUACUUGUUAGGCCUCACUGUAAGAAUGUUUUAUUCACUGUCUCAUUUAUGGUAAAUUGGCAGGCUGCUCAUUUUGAACAGCUUUUUGCAUGAAAUA